AUGGGUACGUUCUUCUCAACUAGUUCACAUUACAGUACACAUAUAAAUGGAGGCCGUGUUAAUAUAUGGAUUAAUAGUGAAGCUCUGUUUCAUAAUAUAACAUCUAUGAUUGAUGAAAAAAUUAUGACUGGAAUCCAAAAGUUUCGUCAUACACUUACGGUCAAUAAUACACUUAUUAUGCUUAAUAUUCUAAUGAUUUUAACCAUUCUCAUUCUAUGUAUAUUAAAACAGUGGCAACCUGUGUCAGGUGAAACAGAUGUCAUUGAUGAUCCAUGUAGCUGUUCUACCGACUGUUCAACAUCUGAUGGAAGCGGUCGAAAAAACAAUGUGAAAGAAUAUUUGGUUUAA